CUUAAAAACAAAUGCGAGACAAAUUUCCACCCUUAUUUGGAAUUCUGUCUUAAUUCUUAAAAGAGAAGAAGUAAACAAAAAGCUAAAACCUCUGGACUUCAACACGCGCAAGAGAGAGAUCUGUUUGAACAAAGAGAAGAAAAAAUGAUGUCCGGAGGUUAUACAAGCAUUGAUAAUCAGAAAGUUUCUGGAUCUGUUCCCGCGGUUUCAGAUCCCAGUCAUGUCGCCGUUAAAUUUACAGAUUCGAACCUUCAAACGUUUCCUCCAUCGGGUGCACAAGGGAAGAUCUCUGGUGGAACUCAACCUCCUCAUGAUGCUGAUGAUACAUUUUCAAAACCUGCUGGUGGAUCUCAACCUGGAUCUGGUGAACCACAAGGGAGUGGCUGGUUUCGUACAUUCACCAUUGCCGCAUACAAGCCAUACUUUGAUGUUGACACUUCUGACAUCAUUGAUAGACUUAAGGAGUCACUCUUUCCAUUUAGAGGAACAUUUACAGAGAAAACGGCUACCAACCCUGAUUUAUAUGGACCAUUCUGGAUAUGCACCACUCUUAUAUUUGUAGCAGCGUCUAUUGGAACUUUUGUGACUUAUAUAGCACACAAGCUCAAGAAAAAAGAAUGGGAUUAUGACAUAAAUCUAGUAACUUGGUCCGCUGGUGUGUUCUAUGGCUAUGUCACUGUGGUUCCUCUUAUCUUGUAUGUUAUUCUCAAGUACUUUUCAGCACCAUCAGGCCUUGUCCAACUGUUUUGUCUGUAUGGAUAUUCAUUAUUUGUCUUUAUUCCAGCACUGUGUCUAUCCGUUGUCCCCUUGGAAAUUUUCAGAUGGGUAAUUGCCGGUGUAGCUGGGUUCAUGUCAGCAACUUUUGUGGCACUUAAUCUCAAAGCUCAUAUUAAUUCAGCUGGAGAAAGAUGGUUCUUGAUCGUCACUGGCAUCUUUCUGUUGCAGUUGGCUCUAGCUGUUGUGCUCAAACUCUAUUUGUUCACCGUUACAGUGUAAGAUUAAACUUCCUUUGAUGAAGCAAACUCAUUAUCAUUGUAGAUGAGAAAGAAAGAGCAUUUUAAUUGCUACGAAGAUUUUUGGCUUAACUAUUAUUCUUGAUCAACAAUUACAUCUUGUAUUCAUUCAUUUGUAACGCUAUGUGAAAUAUAGAUACAGUUGACUGCGUUGUGCUUUAAUAAAUAAAUUAGUAAGAUAGUUACAA